GAAUCAGAAGAUAUUACAGUUUCUUCACCUACUGGAUCACGACCUUCUUCCACUGCUACGUGGAACUCUAUAUUAGCAGCGAGUUCUUCGGAUAGUAAACAGCUAGAUAAGUUCAAACGUGUUGGAGAAGGUGAAGAAAUUGCAAAAGUUGAUGAAAAUCAAGUUGAAGCUGAAAGAAGACGGCAGCGUGAAUUAUAUAGUGGUUUAGAUCAGCAGUACGCAGUAGCUCGGUCGUUUACGCAUCUUAGUCGAGGUCAAGGACUUGGCUUUCAUUAG